AUGUUAUCGUGGAAUCUCUCCUGCUCUCCUUCCAGGGGGCUCGUCAAAUCUGCGCGCGUGCAAUUGCGACCAGUAUCCCUCCAUCCCCAGCCAUGGCAAAUUUCUCUGCGCAGCCGACUUUUACGCCAUUAUUCUCUCGCUAUCAAUGAUACGUCAUCGCCUGAAAGAUCUCUUCAAGGUGCGUUGCUUGCUAUUCGUCGAGGGCUAGGGUGCGCUCGAUUGCACGAAAUCACUGACCGAGUUCAAGUCCCCGCAUUACCUAGGUUUAACGAAAUCGGUGUUCAGCAGUUAAGCGACUAUGUAUACCCUCAAGUAUUUCCCAUUAAGGCCCGCGUACCGGAUCCCGAACUCGUUGCCUUGUCCAGGGACCACCUGACCAGGCACGAUCUCCUCGGAAAGUCCCAAACAGCGGAUCCCAUCGCAUUUGAUCUGCCCCCUCUUCAGGGCCAGACUCUAGAUGAACAUUUCUAUAAGCUAGGAAUGGAUGCAUCAGAACCAUAUCUGACCUUCGCCAAGUCCUAUGCAGCCGUGAACUGUCCGACAAAACCGCGCAAGUGGGUGAAACGCAGUGGAUGGACCAAAUACAACCCAGACGGCUCCUCAGAGCCCGUGGAUGCCCCGGAUGAGGAGAUGCUUACAUUCGAUACGGAGGUCAUGUAUAAGGACAAUUCUUUCGCAGUCAUGGCUUGUGCUGUCAGCCCAACGACUUGGUAUGCAUGGCUAUCGCCGUGGCUUCUGGGUGAAACGGAGGAGAAAAUACACCUCAUUCCUUUGGGUGACCCGUCAAAGCCUAGGAUAGUGGUAGGACACAACAUCGGAUAUGAUCGUGCUCGGGUCCUCGAGGAAUACGACAUGCGCCAAUCGCACAACUUUUUCGUCGACACAAUGUCACUUCACGUCGCCGUAAAUGGAAUGUGUUCGCAGCAGAGGCCAACUUGGAUGCGUCAUAAGAAGAACAAGGACCUUCGCGACAAAAUUGCCAGCGACCACAAUUCUGUCGAACUCGCUUCAUUGCUGGAGAAUAAUAUGCUACGUGAGGAGGAAGAAGAAUUAUGGGUUGGUCGAAGUUCAGUGAAUUCCUUGCGGGACGUGGCAAAGUUUCAUUGCGAUGUGACCAUUGACAAGGCACAGAGGGAUUUCUUUGGCGAGCUUAACAGAGAGAGCUUGUUGGCAAAAUUGGAGGAGCUCUUGGACUACUGUGCUGCGGAUGUGGCCAUUACCCACCGAGUCUAUCGGAAAGUUUUCCCCAAUUUCCUGGAGACUUGCCCCCACCCUGUCAGCUUUGGUGCUCUACGACAUUUGUCCUCGGUCAUUCUUCCCGUCAAUCAGACUUGGCAAGAAUACCUCGCCAGAGCUGAGGAAACAUACCACAAACGACUCGAUGAUGUCCAACGCAAACUUGUUGAACUAUGUAACGAAGCAUUGAAGAGCAAAGAUCAGCCAGAUGUUUAUACAAAUGAUCCUUGGCUGCAGCAGCUGGACUGGUCCGGCCAAGAGAUCAAAAUGGUGAAAGGAAAGAAGAAGGGCGAUCCCCCUCGCCCUGCGGCGCGACAGAAGAAACCAGGCAUGCCUAAAUGGUACAAGGAUCUUUUCCCCAGCAGCAACGCGGAUAUCAAUUUGACGGUGCGAACUCGGAUUGCGCCCAUCCUGCUCAAGCUGUCUUGGGAUGGAUACCCACUCAUUUGGUCUGACAAGCACGGCUGGACCUUUCGCGUUCCUCGUGACCAGACUAAGAAAUACGAGAAUCAGCCGGUUGUACUCUGUGACAUGACCGAAGAGAAGUCUCAGCAGUUGCGGGACGACAGAAGAAAUAUAUACUUCAAAAUCCCGCAUAAAGAUGGCCCCCAGGCCCGAUGCACAAACCCGCUGGGUAAAGGUUACAUGCAAUAUUUCGAACGCGGAAUCUUAUCGUCACAGUUCGAGCUUGCCAAGGAAGCAUUAGACAUGAACGCCUCUUGCUCAUAUUGGAUCAGUGCUCGGGACCGGAUAAUGAGCCAGAUGGUGGUUUACCAGGACCAAGUCAAAACGGCAGAUUUGAGGAGCAAGGAUCAGAACCGACUGGGUUUCAUUUUGCCUCAGAUCAUCCCGAUGGGCACCAUCACUCGCCGUGCAGUUGAGAACACUUGGCUUACUGCAAGCAAUGCGAAAGGAAAUCGUGUCGGCUCGGAGCUCAAGGCCAUGAUCAAAGCACCACCCGGAUACUCCUUUGUCGGUGCAGAUGUUGAUUCCCAAGAACUUUGGAUUGCCAGUCUUGUUGGCGAUGCGUCUUUCCAGAUACACGGAGGGAAUGCCAUCGGUUUCAUGACACUGGAGGGCGCCAAAGCUGCAGGAACUGAUCUGCACUCUCGCAGUGCACAGAUUUUGGGAAUCUCCCGUAAUGAUGCCAAGGUCUUCAACUAUGGGCGUAUUUAUGGAGCUGGUGUCAAGUUUGCUGCUACUCUCCUUCGUCAAUUCAACCCAUCAUUGACCGAGAGACAGACGCAGGAGACGGCAGCGAAUCUGUACAAGGAGACCAAGGGCAUACGAACGUCGCGUCGUGUUCUCAGUGAGACCCCCUUCUGGCGAGGGGGCACAGAAUCCUUCGUGUUCAACAAGUUGGAGGAGUUCGCCGACCAGGAAAAGCCACGAACUCCCGCUCUAGGGGCUGGAAUUACCGAGGCCCUCAUGCGCCGCUUCAUCAACAAAGGCAGCUUCAUGACAUCCCGCAUUAAUUGGGCUAUCCAAUCAUCUGGUGUAGAUUAUCUUCACCUCCUGAUCGUUGGAAUGGAUUAUCUGAUUCGGAGAUUCAAUAUUCACGCUCGCCUGUCAAUCACUGUCCAUGAUGAAAUCAGGUAUUUGGUCAAGGACGAGGAUAGAUACCGAGCAGCCCUUGCACUGCAGAUCGCCAACGUCUGGACCCGCGCCCUCUUCUCACAGCAAGUGGGCAUCGACGAUCUUCCUCAGUCCUGUGCUUAUUUCUCCGCGGUUGACGUCGACCAUGUGCUGCGCAAGGAGGUUGACAUGGAUUGCGUCACGCCUUCGCAUCCACAUAAGAUCCCUCAUGGUGAAACUUUGGACAUUUCUCAGAUCUUAGAUCAAGGCCAACGAGCUUUGCUGGAUCCUUCCAUCACACCAACAUUUCCUCCUCACCCAGAGAAGUACACCUAUACGCCACGAGAGUCCGUUAUGUCAACUUUUGAGCCAUCCGAUUUAGCAUUCAUCAAAGCCCAGAUCACUAAGGAGGAUAAAGAGAUGCGCGAAAUUAUCAAAGAGAAAACCCGUUCCGUCCCUACCACCAAAUCCUCAAACCCACGUUCUUCAACCAAAACCCCGGGCAAAACCAACGGCUGGGCUUCCGCACAGCCUCAGAGCGCAGUCCUGAUGGACAUGGAAUCCGGUUUAUAUCCCGAUUUCCGUACUCCUCCUCGCACUUCUACACAUGGGGUCAGACAACCACAAGUCGGAUUUGAUCGAUCCACUUGGAAACCACGGCCAUAUGCUCGGGCCUAA